AUGGGUAUAUGUACUUCUUCUCACAUUGAAAGGGGAGGUGGAGGAAUGAAUUGGCCAUCCACAGCCAAGGUGAUUCAAAAGGAUGGGAGGCUCCAAGAAUUCAGGCAGCCCAUUAAAGCUGGACACAUCCUCUUCCACAAUCCAAAUUGCUUCCUUUGCAGCUUGGAGACCAUGUACGUCAGCUCACGUGCGCCUCACGUGCCCGACGAUGAGGAACUCCAGCUUGGCCAAAUCUAUUUCCUCAUGCCAACAUCAAAAUCCCACACACCACUUUCAUUGCAAGACUUGUGCACACUAGCCAUCAAGGCUAGCACUGCACUUGGUGGCUCAAACAUGGGAAGUACAACCUCAAAGGCAUCACCGUGCACCGAUAUGAACGGUGUUCAACCUCUGUCUGGACCGCAAGGGUAUUAUAGAAUUCCAACGGACUUUGAAGGCAUUGGAAUGAAUUCUCCGGUAGCGCGUGGCAACCGGAGAAUUGAGUUCUAUGACUAG